GCCCCGUUCCGGCCGCCCGUCCCGGGAGCCCCCGCGCCGCGGCCAUGGCGCUGUGCCGCUGCUCCUGGGCGCGCUUUCCCCACGGGCUGCGCCUCGGGGCCUCACCCCGGCUCUGCGGGACACGCGGCGUUCGCGGCUCCAACCCCUUCACCCGGCAGCAGGAGGAGGAGUGGCGGCGGCGGAACCGCUCUGCCGUGGGCUACAUCGCGGCGGCGGCCGUGAGCAUGCUGGGGCUGUCGUACGCGGCCGUGCCGCUCUACCGCCUCUACUGCCAGGCCACGGGGCUCGGCGGGACGGCGGGCACGGACCGCGACGCGGAGCGGAUCGAGCGCAUGGAGCCCGUGCGGGACCGGCUCAUCAGGGUCACGUUCAACGCCGACACGCACGCCAGCAUCCAGUGGAACUUCAAACCGCAGCAGAGCGAGAUCUACGUGGUACCAGGAGAGACUGCACUGGCAUUUUAUAGAGCAAAAAAUCCUACGGACAAACCAAUAAUUGGAAUCUCCACCUACAACGUUGUCCCCUUUGAAGCAGGACAGUAUUUCAAUAAAAUACAAUGUUUUUGUUUUGAAGAACAGAGGCUAAAUCCUCAGGAGGAAGUGGACAUGCCUGUCUUUUUCUACAUUGACCCAGAGUUUGCAGAGGACCCUAAAAUGGCUAAAGUUGAUUUGAUCACCCUCUCUUACACCUUCUUUGAAGCAAAGGAAGGACAGAAGUUGCCACUUCCUGGCUAUCAGUGACAGGCCUUUUCUGCAAAAUGUAACUUCUGCUACAUCUGAGUGCCAGUUUUGAUGCCAUUUUUCCUUGGAAGAAAAAACUGCAGGAGGACUGUGCAGUAUGAAUUGUAUUAUUAGACCUCCAUGGGCACACACUGUUAUCAAAGUAUAUGUAUAUAUAUAUUUAUUUUGGAAAUCAGUGUAUCCCUAUUUCUUAGGGAUAGUAUUUCUUCAUCAGAUAGUGGAAGGGAACACACUGUUCCUGAAAUAGAAAGGUUUUCUCAGACCAUCUUUUUGUAAGAUGUUUUCUGAAUACCACAAUGCAAAUCUUUAAACCAACAUGAAAAUUAAGAUCUUCAUUUAAAUACAGAAGAAAAAAAUCAGUUGAUUAAGGAUCUAAAAUUCCAUUACUGGCUCUGGAAAAUGACUUGCAUGUUAAGUUACUUUAGAAAAAGGUGAACCCAGGUAAUAAAUUAAGGUAAUUCAUAAUUAAGCAAAGUUAGAGUGUUAUUUUUGUGCAGCCCUCCCUGGCACAGGAGGAGAUGAUGAUUCAGAAGGUGAUACACCCUCUCAUGUUAUUACUGAAUCAGUAGCUCAUUUGGUAAGAGCAGACUGCUCUAUAACUGUUAUCAUGAGAACAAUAAUUUAAGGUUAAGCACAUAGAUAUGUGGGGUGGUUUUCCUUUGGGAACACCAUCUUAUUUCCAUGUUGUGUCCCACUCCUUUGAAGCGUCUGUGCUGCUAAAUGAGUGUUCUUUGCCUCUGCUGAGGGCUCUGCUCUGGGCACCUCCACAGGAGACAGGCUGGGCUUGUGCCUGCCAUGCUUUGAGGGGAGGGCAGUGUAUAAACAGCUGCUCUGGAGCAUAAGGUGUCUCCUCAAAAUCCAAAAUCAGCCCAUCAGGCUGGCCAGAGCCUGCCCAGCAAUGCAGCAGCUCUCCAGGGGGACUCUGUUCACCAUCAGGACACGUAAGCCUGUAUUUAUGUAACUUUUGGUCAUUAUCUGUGGUCUAGGAACAACUCAUCACUGCCUUGCAAACCAGGAGCAAGCAGCAGAGCAAGUUCCUGCUCAUUUUCAGACAGAAAUUGCUAUCAGCCAGUAUCUCUUCUGCUGGGCCAGGUCUUUCCACCCCUUCCAGCAGAGAUCUAACAAAGUAAGGCUGAUUGAUAUUGGUUAGCUUGGACUCUGAAAAGGCAAUGGGUACUUCAAAAAUAACUUUCAAUUACUUAAAUCUCAAUUGUAGUUGCAUACAGUAACUCAAAAACUGCUUUCUUAAAAAUAAAUGGAUGCUACCUUUAAAAUGCAUUAUUGUACCAAUUACUUGUGUUGGUUAAACAAAUUCUGGAUGACAUACGGGUCUUAGCUGUCUAUUAAAGAUUGAAACUUUUCAUUCUUUCAUUUCUCUAAUGCAUUUUAUCCAGCAGAACAUGUGGAGCCCACACAUGUGAAAUAUAUCUGUAUGAAGAUAGCAGCAAGCUUUAUAAUUCCAGUCUGCUUGAGGAAAAAAAAAGUAAUAUGAAGACAAAUUCUUGAAUCCAGGCUAGGGAAAAAAAAACUAAAACCAACUUCUUACCUCAGUUGUCUUUAGUCCCUUGUCCUGAAAGCUGAACUGAUGGUGGCAGCUCUCUGCCCAUUGCUUCAUUCUGGCCACAUUCUUCAGAAGAAUAGGAAUAUCCCCCUGGCAAGCAGCAAUGCCAUAAAAAUGUGGAUUCUCCUGGGUUUGAAGGCCCCAAUUUGCACUGAUGCUGAGCACAUCCCCUCUAUAGCCCAGGCUCUAACCUUGGUCAGUAGCCAGUUCCCUUCCAUCCCUCUGUGACCACUGUGCUGCUUUAAACACGAGAGGUUCUGUCAGCAAUCACGCAUUAUGGAUUACACUGCAACAGCCCAGUUUGAUUUUUUACCCUUCACUGUGGGGGUUCUGCCAAUACAACCCAACUGUAGGGGAAAAAUUUAAAAAUCAAUCCACCUCAAAUCCUAUUUUCAGCUGUUUCCUCAGGCUGCUGUCCAGACCACUGCAAAUUUACAAGAAAAAUGAGAGUAAAGCACCUCACCUUUUCACCUCAGCUUACAAAACUCCCAGACUUCUUCAAGGUGGUGUUUUGGACAGAAGCAAGUUGUUCUAAUGGUCCUGCAGCAAACUGCACAGAUUCACACUAAAAUACUUCCAAUGCUACCUCCAUUUAUGUUUCAGGGAAUAUACAAAUAGAGAAAAACUUGGAAGCAAUGAGAGUUUACUUCUCAGUAAGCAUUUGCUUUUAUUUGGAAUUUUAUGCUACAAAAAUUGCAAAAGCAGCUGAGAACUUCUUAUCCCUUAAACAGUUAACAUAAGGAAUGUUUAAAAUGCAGUUAUUUCACAAAAAAAAAGUAGCUUAUCUGGUAUGAACAUGAACUAAGGUCUCAAAUUUUGUAUGAGCUAUAAAUUCAGAGAACUAUACCUGUUAAAGUGCACAGUUUACAUUCAGCAUGAAAAUAGAUAAGGCACUUACUAAAAGAAAACAGUUAUUAACAGGAUUAAACAACUUAAUUAAAGUAAAUGGGUAACUAUUGCUCAUCUGCAUUGUAGAUAAUUAAUCUUUCCUUCACCAGAACAUUUCUGCAGGGCAGGAACAUUGAAAGAAAUAAUUGAUCCUCCUCCAAUAUUUACUGAGUAAAUAAAAGCAACAACAACCACAUAGGAACAAGCAGGUUUUUUUUCCUGUUCUGUUAAUUACAGAUAACAGCACUUUGUGUCCCAGCUUAGGUUCUCCCCAAGACAAAAAAAUCCAACUAUACUGUGGAUUUUUAAGAAGAAAAUAAAAAAGGAAAAU